AUGUUUAUGGAUGCACUCAAUGCUUCAGCGACAAAUAAGAAGGAACCAAAGAAAAGAAAAAGGCGUACGAGCGGAUCGAAGGAUGGCAAUCCUAAUGACGGAUCACCUCCACCUACACCGACAUCACUCAGUAGUCCCACAAGCGAAAGUAAAUCUGUACCGCCAAGGUUUUACCAAGAUACUUUGGAUGCAGAAGAACGUAAAGACAAAAGUCAUGAAAGUAAAGAACCAGUUAGUCCCGUGACCACAGAAAAUGAAGUCGAAGACGACAAGAUGGACGUUUCUGGGCCGCAUACAUUAACAGUUAAUGGAUUAAAAGGGGUUUUAUGUUAUCAUAGAAAAAAAGGUCCCAAAAAGAACAUUAAAUGGAAACCUGACAGUGAACUAGAAACAAUUCAUGUAUUUGACCUGGAUGAGACUGAAAGAAUAAAUGUCACCAAAACAUUCACGGAUAUGAAAUAUUUAGAAAGAAUACACGAAAGGGAAGCUUUCGAAAAAGCAAGAAACCUUAGUAAUGACGACGUUAUGGAAGAACGUACAAAUUGGAAGCCUUUGAUUUUAGUAGAUUUAGAAGGACAAUUACAAGUAGAUUAUGGCAAAAACAGUAAAGAGAAAGAUAUACAGGCACUACGACAAAAAGUAACCUUACAACCUUUAUAUUUCAACAAGGCAAUGAUUCCUGAUUCCCCAAUUGAACCAGAAUUAGAAACUCACACCUAUUCUGAACCCUCAAUAAUUCCCUUGGAAGAUGUCACUGGAAAUCAAGAUAAUAUAAGUGAUUUUAGAAAUAUGCCUUGGCCUGAACCGAGAGGUAAUGCUCCACCCCAAACACCGAGUAAUAUGACUGUUGGUGCUAGUCCAUUAUUCCCUAACAAUCUCACACAAUUUUCAAACACUUUUCCUAAUACGCAAUUUCCUGGAGUACCACCUGCCUUCCAAGGCCCUAACAUCGUUCCUGGUGAGUGGCAAAAUGGAAUACCCCAACAGAUGAUACCAAAUGGAAUGCCUGGUCCAAUAGGAACCCACAAUUUAGCACCAGGUGUGAUGCCUCCCGGAAGCCAUCCACAAGGUAUGAUGAUUUCACCUGAGACUAUGAUGAUGGCUCCGGAGAUGUUCGGAAACCCAACUCCAAUGAUUCCUGUACCACCGGAAAGUUUCAAUAUGCAACAGAAUAUGUAUCCGAUGGAUUUCAACAUGGUAGGUCCUCCGGGACCGGGCCCCGAAGGUUUUAAUGGCCCUGGCCCUGGUUCUGGUCCCGGACCUGGUAAUUUUAGAGGAGCCAUGCGUGGUCGCGGUGUCAAUGGUCAUUGGCGCGGAAAGGGUGCGGGGAACUGGGAAAAUCCGUCCAGGGGUGGUAGAGGAGGAGGCCCUCGCGGGAACCGAAAGACAAUUUGUAUGUAUUUUCAAAGGAAGGGAUCUUGUCGGCAGGGCGAUAAUUGUACAUUCUUGCAUCCAGGUGUGAACUGUCCUUUUUAA